UAAACAUUUACUGGACGACGUUUAUUGUAAUCUAGCUGUCGUCUCGUGUCCCAAAUGGAGCAUGUUACGACGAAUGUCGCGGGUUGACAGCGAAGCUUCUGCGCCGCCAUGUUGGCUCCUCUCUACCGCUCUCCGAGCCUUCAGGAAGAGGGCAGAGCAGCGCAAUGAGCCAUUAGCUGCUCUCACGCGUGCCUCAUAGAUUUAGACUGUGGACUCCUGGUUCUCCAUCAGCAGACAUCAUGACAUCCUCAAUGCUUCGCAGACAACUGAAGAACCUGGUCCAGAACUAUUCUGAGGCCGAGGUUAAGGUUCGAGAAGCCACCUCCAAUGACCCCUGGGGGCCCUCCAGCUCGCAGAUGGCCGACAUCUCCGACCUGACCUACAACGUGGUGGCCUGCAAUGAGAUCAUGACCAUGCUGUGGAAACGUUUAAAGGAUGACAGGAACUGGAGGCACAUCCACAAGUCGCUGACCCUGCUGGAGUACUUGCUGAAGACUGGAGACGACCGCGUGCUCCUGAAAAUGAAGGACAACGUCUACAUCGUCAAAGCCCUCACAGAGUAUCGCUUUGUGGAGAAAGAUGGCAAAGAUCAGGGUUCAAAUGUGAGAGAGAAGGCCAAGGUGGUUCUUGUUCUCAUGGAGGAUGAUGAGAAACUAAAAGAAGAACGAGACUUUGCUGUCAAGACCAGAGAGAAGACAUCUAAAGGUGCUGCAGCCUCAUCGUCAGACAGCGUCAUGGAUCCUAACUACAAGCCGUGUUACGUUGCCGGAUCCUCGGGUCUUCCAUCCCUAGACAACAUUCCCUCAGUGGCCGACCUGACUGCUUCCUUCGCCGCCCGCAAGGAGGAACGCAUCAAGCAGGAAGUGCAAAAGAAAGAGACUGAGAGGAGGGCAAAAUUGUCCGAAGAUGAGCUCAAGUGGGAGGAUGCAGGAAAAGGAGAAGGUGAUGUCCAAGACGCCUGGGGGGGAAACAAGAAGAAGGAGGAGGAGGUCAAAACAGAGCCCUGGGGGGCGUCAAAGGAGGCCACUGAUCCUUGGGGCGCAGCUUCCAGACCCGACGCAUCCGAAGCUGGUUCUGCUAAAACUGAUAAGAAUUCUUUUGACUUUUCAUUAAAGAACGGAGACGCUCCUCAGGACAAGCCAGACCCAUUUACUGCUUCACCCGAAAGAGGCGAUCCAUUUGUGGCCCAAAAUGACUCCACGGCAAAAACAAUGUCACCAAAUGACAAAGAGGAUAUAUCGACUACUCCCGAAAAUGAAACGCAUCCAUUCAGUUCAUCUAACAGCGACCCAUUUAUUGCCCCCAAAGACGGCCCAUUCAACGCCCACAAAGAAGACCCAUUCAACGCCUCUAAAGACGACCCAUUCAACGCCCCUAAAGACGACCCAUUCAACGCCCCUAAAGACGACCCAUUCAACGCCCGUAAAGACGACCCAUUCAACGCCCCCAAAGACGACCCAUUCAACGCCUCUAAAGACGACCCAUUCAACACCCCCAAAGACGACCUAUUCAACGCCCCCAAAGACGACCCAUUCAACGCCCCCAAGGACGACCCAUUCAACGCUCCCAAAGACGACCCAUUCAAUGCCCCCAAAGACGACCCAUUCAACGCCCCCAAAGACGACCCCUUCAACACCCCCAAAGACGACCCCUUCAACGCCCCCAAAGACGACCCCUUCAACGCCCCUAAAGACGACCCCUUUAACUCCCCUAAAGACGACCCCUUCAACGCCUCCAAAGACGACCCCUUCAACGCCUCCAAAGACGACCCCUUCAACGCCCCCAAAGACGACCCCUUCAACGCCCCCAAAGACGACCCCUUCAACGCCCCCAAAGACGACCCCUUCAACGCCCCCAAAGACGACCCCUUCAACGCCCCUAAAGACGAACCCUUCGGCUCCCCCAAAGAUGACCCCUUCAGCACCCCUAAAGACGACCCGUUUAAUGCUCCCAAAGAUGAUCCACUCAAAUCCCCUGGAGAUGACCCGUUCAACGCCCCCAAAGAUGACCCAUUUGAUUCCCCUAAAGACGACCCGUUUAAUGCCCCUAAAGACGACCCAUUCAGUGCCCUUAAAAACGGCGACAAGUUUAGUGCCCUGAAAGACGACUCAUUUAGUACCCCAAAAGAUGACCAGUUUAACACCCAGGAAAACGACGACCCCAAAGCUGACCCUUUCAGCGCCCCUGAAGAUGGCGACCCUUUUAGCACACCUAAAGAAAAAUCCCCCUCAAAAGAAGAUGUUUUGUCAGCAACGUGUGCAGAUGCUGAAGAGAAGCCCCCCUGCAAGGACGAGCCUUUUUCUGCCUCCGCUAAAGAGUACCCCUUUGCAGUCCAGUCUGACGCAUCGUCAGACCCCUUCAUUGUCCCUCCAUUGAGCUCGCCCCAAGACGGGGGAGACAUGUGGGGUGCCCCCCCAUGCUCUGCACCCACCCCUGGUUCGGAUCCUUGGGGGACUGCACCCGUUGAUGGUGGCGAUCCGUUUGGGGACGGUGCUACCAAAGCAGACAAUGACCCAUGGGGGGGCGCAGGUUCCGAUGACGCUUGGGGGGCGUCUUCCCCCCCAACAAACGACCCAUUUGGAGAUGGCGCCUAUAAAGCCAAAGGAGGUGCAGAAAAAACCUUCUAGAGUCCAAUGGAGCUUUGUUUGCUGCGCCACAGGACGUGUUCACAAAGACUGUUUGGUUUUUGGAUCUGUGUGGGGGGGUGUGGCUGCUUGACUCGGACCGCCUGCUUUGUUGUCCCGCUCCUAGCAUGACACGGCCCCAAAUAGGAAUGAUGAGUGAUAGUCUCCAUGGUUACAGGCAGAGAGGAGCAGAGACAGUGAAUAUUAACCAGUGGUGUGUAUGACGGCGUUUAUUGUGUUUGUUAGUGUUACGUGUGUGUAGAUGUUAGCAAUAGUAUUAGCAUUAGCGUUGUCUUGGCUCUUCUCUGCUGGCACCAAGUGUCCAGAGCUGGUGGUUUGACUUGUGUUUACAUUUUGUCCUAGCCCCCUGCUUGUCACCACGUUAAUGACCGAGUGUGUGUGUGCUUAUGUAAAUAGUGCUGAUCACAGAUGAACCUUACAAUCAUUAUUUGUUGAUUUGUAGCUUGAUUAUUUAUUGAUGCCAUGAUGCAGCAAAUGUCAAAAUUCAGGUAGAUGUUUGUUGUGGUUGAUGUAGUGAUGAUGGCGAAGAUGAAAUGAUUGCAAAUCAACUCGGCAACCAACGGUGUCUUUAUCUUCCGUCUUUGUCGCUAACAUGCUAACAUUCUCCUCCAUUGUAUGAAUCAUUUGUUAUAACUACCCAACCAAUCAUCUUUGAAUAAACGGUCAUUUAAAUACACAAUUAGGACGCAUCAUGAAAUAAAUGCGCUUGUUAACUUGGUCAAACUACAUUAUCCAUACAAAUGAGGAAUGAAAUGACAAGAGACUUAAUAAUUUGCAUAUGAAAUACAAAUUAUGAGUGCACUACAAUGAAGGAUGCAAUAAGAAAUAUGUUGGCUGAGGCAAAAAAAAUUAUUUGAAUGGUCUCCUUGUUUUUUUUACUGUGACCACAAGAGGGGGACAAAUACACACUCGCGAGAAAUAAUUAAAGUGUGAUGGUCACUGAGUUGGUUGUGUUACCUGAUUUAUUUUUGUAUUGUUUAAUGACAGAGUCAUGGAAAUAGUGUGUGUGAGACGUGCUUGCAUGUACAUGAUUAGUAUUGGUUGUUGCUGAUGUAAAUAGUGAAAUACUGUAUAUUUCUGUAUAUUAUCAGGUGAAUAUUUAUUGUUGGAGCAAAGUUCAGCUUUUUGUGGCUCUAAAAGAAGCAAUGAGGAUAAAUAAAGGAUAAGUCAACCAUGACUUUAUUGAAAA